AUGCACAGGAAAGCCCCACCAGUGGAACCUAUAUCAGGAACUGGGUUAGAGCUGGAAAUUGAUACAUACUUGAAGAAGUCACCAGUAAUAUCGCAGUUCAGAGAGCAGAACCCAAAUUUGCAGCAAUUUGAAGACGAUUCAGUUCAAGAAGUCCAAGAAUACACCAAUGAUGGCGACAAUUAUAAUUCAAACAAAAUACAGAUAGAAAAUGAAAGACCAGACUUCUCAAGCUCUGACUCGUUUAAAAAUAAACUCAAGCGUCUUUCUACUAGUCAUUCCAUCAAUUCAAGAUUUAGCAAGUUGAAUAUAUCCAGACUGGAGGAUACCGGUAUUAGAUCUGUAGCUAACGACGGGGAAGAAGUUCCGCCAUUCUGGAAAUACCAUGUACUCAAGUUUGGCAAGGAUCUAUACCUUAGUACGAAUCCAGAUAUCAAACAUAUAUAUUGCAGAAAUGGUCCUGGGUUGUAUGUUGAAGUAAUCUCGAACAAAGCAGAGUACCUGCUUCACUUCAGACACAUACAGGGAAUAGAGCACCCUCCUUUUAUGAUUAUUCUGAAGUUCAUGAAUAAUUUUAUAAUAGAUACAAUAGGAGAAGCAGUUUAUCUGCCUGUCGAUGAAAUAGAUAAUAAUACUUCUUUGAGAUUGAUAAAUUAUAAUUUUUCAUAUGAAGGUAAAGAAUGGAGAAUUGGAUCUAUCCCUAAGACGAGGCUAAGUAAAAUGAAUAAGCUAAAGGGCUUGGUGAAAGGAGAAGAAGAAGAAUUGAAGUACAUUGGCAAAAAAAAUUUAUACUUCUACAAUAGUGAAAAUAACACUGGUGUUCUUGGCCUAUUCCGUCCGUAUGAAGUAAAAUUAAGAAAAAAGAUGGUUAGAUCUGCCAGAAAUGCCUUGAAAAAGGAAGAUCAACAACCAUACAAUGAAUCCGAUUUAGUUAUAGGUUCCAACGUAAAUAAAUUCUUUCAAUCAACUGGAGAUGGUUUAUAUAACGAAGUCAAUCCUAAAGAUGACACACCGAAUAGAGAUAAAAUGGGUUGGAUAACCAUUUACGAGAAUCACGAAGGGUUGAAUCCUAGUCACCCAUUAUUUAAUAUUAUCGUGGGGAUAACACUUGCAAUAGGUUAUGAGCAAACCUUUAUAGAAUAA